AUGUACCUACGUGACCUGCCGUAUUUCGUGAAGUUCGCGUUUCUCAAAUACAAUCACCCGACUCUUCAUAGCAAGACAAUGUUCCCUUUUUCGCUGCUUCUUCCCCCAACGACGCCAGCAGGCGGUUUCUUACCCCAUUGGUUGCUUUUCAUUUCUGUUGUGUCUGUCUUCAACUCAUGUCAGACUUAUAUGGUGAAGGACCUUAGUCUCACGAGAAAAGUUUACUCGUCGGCACCACAAACUGAAGUCACCAACUUGAGUGCCCGCACGUUUGGAACCUGGACAUUCUUGACCUCUAUCGUGAGAUUUUAUGGUGCCUACAACUUAAUUGGAAACGAGACCAUGUACAACCUUUGUAUCUGGACUUUUGUUGUUGCCGGAGUGCACUUCGUUUCUGAAUGGUUGUGGUUCAAAAACUGCAAACUCGACAAAGGCUUAGCCGGCCCAUUAGUGGUUUCCUCGGCGAGCUUGGUGUGGAUGUUUUCGCAAAAAGAAUUCUACCUUGGAUAUUAG